CUGGUCAAUUUCUAGAGUAAACCUUGUAAUAGAUUUAAUUUUAAUUAUAUUUAGUCGUAAUUCCCACAAUAGUGGCUAUUGUAGAUUCAUCAUUUAACUAAAUGUUGGCAUAAUGUUUUCUAACCAAAUCCAUACAUUUAAAGCUAGUAUGGAAGUUACACAAGGCUAUUACAAUUAUAAUAUAAAGCAUUCAAAUAUUUAUUGUUCGUAUUCGGUUUUCUUGAUUAAUUGUUAAAUAAAUUCUGUUAUUAUUUAGGUUUCAGAGAUGUAUCACUGUGGUAUGCGACAAGUAGGAGAGAGACAUGUUGCGAAUCAAGUGGAUCUCAUGGUGUGGAGUAAUAGGCUUGAUUUAUUGGCUUUGAGCAAUUUCAAAGGUGAAGUCCAAGUGCACAGGCUUCAUUGGCAGAAAGUAUGGAAUUUGUCCCCACCAAAAGAAAAUAUCACUGUUCAAGCCAUGGCUUGGAGACCUGAUGGAAAAGUUUUAGCCAUUGGCUACAGUUCAGGAAGUGUCCAUAUUGUAGAUAUUGAAGAUAAAGAAGUACUUGAUAAAUAUGAAUUAGAACAUGGGAUUUCAGAAGAAUUUGACGAUUCUAAAUACAGUGGUAUCACAUGUAUCACUUGGGCUGCUCGCACUGGCAGUUUGGAAAGUUCGUCUACCUAUAAUAUUUAUGAUGAUGCUUCUAUAUAUCUACAAAGGCUACCUUCUCUUAGCAGUGGAUAUAAAAGUCCAGGAACUGAUGAUACUGUUAGUGAUUUUAAAGAAGCAGUACAAGACCAAACCCAAUUGAGUAUGUUAAUGGUAGGGUAUGGCACAGGCACCAUUUAUAUGAGUAUAUUUGGGAAAUAUCCAUAUGGAAUUUUGAAUUUAGCUCAACUUACUAAAGAUGAAUGCGGAGAAUUCAAAGUGCUAGAUAUUUGCUUAUCAGAUGACUUCAGUGCAAUGCAAGUAAUAUACUUAGACAGAACUACGAAUGCUGUACUUCUUUCCAUAAUCAACACAAGUGUGUUAUCAGCAUUUGCUGAGGAAAUGUGUCAUGUCGCUAAUAAACAUGGGCAUAUUGCAGAGUUGAUAUCAUAUCUUGAUCAGACUAUGAUUUCCAUAACUGAAGCUUGGGAACAUAUACUGUUAGAAAUGGAUACAAAAAUGGCCUAUUAUGCAGCAUCAGUUCCUGAAGGUGGAGUUUCAGCUGACUUACUAGAGCUGCUUAUGUUAGGUGUGCCAUCAGACGAAUUAGAACUGUUUCUACUCCGAGAACUAACAGCCAAGGUACUGAAGAAAUCUGGUAAUUCUGUAGAAUUGAGUUACUCAACAAUACAGAAACUAGUGUUGAGGCAAUUAAAUGUGGUUGGACAAAGUUUAACUUUUUAUCUAUCUGAAAUUAGAGGACUUACAAGAAUACCAGAUAGAUACAAGAUUUUGGGUUUAGAAGAAAGUGCUGUGACAGAAGCAAUAAAAGCCUGCUGUGCUUUUUUGAACAAAUGUUUAGAAUUGCAACAAGUAAUUGAUGUUUCUAUGCGUAACUACAAAGCAUUUUUCAGGUGGCUUUAUGUUAUGAUAAUUAGAUUGUUAAAUGAAACAACUCCAAGUGAAAUAGUCAAAAUGACCCAACAGGAACUUAGUCACAUUGCUGAAUUUUUAUACAACUUUGAUAACGUACAAGUGGAGAGUAAUGAUAAUGCAUCUGAAAAACCAGUUAAGUUUAAUUUAGAGAGGUUGGGGCAGUAUUUACAAGAUCAAGAUUUGACUAUAUUGCCAGAUGACGAAGACAAUCCUUGGCACAAAUUUCUGAAAGAUAAUUCAUGUUUGCUGAAAGAUAAUGAUACAAUUUUUUCAAUGACUGAAUUUAGAAAGUUUUCUCUUGUACAACAACAGAUAUAUUUAAAAAAUGCGGUAAACAGAGUAUUUGAUGUUACUUCAAAAGAUGUGGGUAAACAUUUUUCCCUUUUACAUAAUGUUAAAUGUUAUGAAGAUCAAACAAAUAUUAAUCUUAACAACAACUUAAGGGUUACACAAAUCUAUGAUGAAGUUCAAGAAAGAUUUAUGGUUGCCUUAGUGAGUGUGGGUAGAGAUAAUGGACUCUAUUUUAUGUCUACUAACAUAAAAGAUAAGUUAUGUAGUGCUACUGCAACAAAAUAUUAUUUCACAUCUAAUUUCUUGAUUGGAAACAAAGACUCAAUAGAUGGAGAAUGUUUGACAGUAUUAGAUUUACAAUAUUAUUCCUCUGAGUUUUUAUCUGUUCUUGUACAACAUCCAAAUAAUGAAAGCAGUAUUUUCAUCCAAGUACCAACUAAAAUUGCAUUAGAAAAUUCCACCGAAUUCAACAUUAAAUCGAAAGCGUGCGUAUUUAGUGACAAAUUGACAGUUAAAAAUAUUUCGUCUUUAUUAGAUCAAGGUGUUUAUAAACUGCUUGAUAAAAUGGAUGGCUACCGUAUAGCUGUUUCUGGUGGUCGGAAAGUAGCUGUAGUUUUAUCGAAAACUUUUAGAAAGGUGAAAGUGUUUGAAAUGGAAGUUGAUGGUGAGGAUGAGGAAGAUGAUACAUUAGAAACCACUCCGCAGUCACAAACAGCGCACAGAAGUGUAACUAGUCAAGGAACACCUGAUAGGCAUAACACUACGGAUGAUAUUACAUUUUAACAGAAUUUAACAUGCAAAUUAAAUAUAAUACUUAUAAA